UUUAAAGACAUAUUGCUUAGAAAGGACCGUCAGUUUAGGCAGUGAUAUUCAUCUGUUCUGCUAACUGCUAAGCACUUGUCUGUCUCUCAAAUCUUAGCCUAGUCACGGGGUUCCUAUGAAUAUGAAAUGAAUUAAUCCAGCUGAGGUCAAAUCACUUAUCAUACGUAAAUCUUCGUAAUCUUUUCUUAGCUUAGAAGAGUAAAUCCUCUAAAGUUCUUGAGCGAUGGCUUUAGAGACAUGUGGAAGCUGUUUGAGCUGUCUGCUGAUACCUCUUGCGCUUUGGAGUAUUGUUGUUAACAUCCUCUUGUACUUCCCUAAUGGGAAAGCCUCACAUGCCGCCAGUUACCAGCUUCCCAACUACGUGUGGUAUUUUGAAGGGAUCUGUUUCUCAGGUGUGAUGAUCCUUCUGUUGGCGGUAAUUCUAAUAACACUGGAGUGUACCGUGUUCUAUCGGUGCUGCCAGAGUGAGAGCUGUAACAAAACCUACAGGAGUUUUAUUUCAAUUGUGCUAUCCCUGCUUGGGGUUGCAUUCUCUGGAUACAGUUGCAUAAUUUUUACCUUGGGAUUGAUCCAAGGCCCCUUCUGCAAUUCAUCGGGUGGAUGGGAUUAUAUCUUCAAAGACACUGCUGGCGGGUACCUCACAGAUUACCCUGCUUGGUCUCGGUGCACUGAACCUGCUAACAUCGUAGAGUGGAACAUUAUUUUACUUUCUAUUCUAAUAGCUCUUAGUGGUCUGCAGAUGAUCAUCUGUUCUCUCAAAGUGGCUGCUGAAUUGAAGCGGACACUCUGCGGGACCUAUUCUGUUUUUGUCCAGGCUGGGAUUCUCUGAAAAUGGCAAGGAAAACUUCACUGCUUCUCCCCUACAUCCCAGAAAAAGAGAGAAAUGGUUUCUCCAACGUUUACAAACACAGAUUUGGGUGCUGCAAAAACAAAUGAAACCCGUGUCUUGAAUCUUUGUCUCUCAAGCCUCUUUAUUUUGGACUAAUUUAUUUGAACUGUUUGGCAUCUAUGUUGUUCUAGUCUUUUUCUAACCUGCCUGAUUGUCCUUGGCAGUGACUCUGGGUCUUUUACCUUCCAGCUUUAGGGAGGUUUGAAAUACCGUGGAACUGCUUUGAUAUGGAAAUCACCUUUUUAUAAAAUAAACUGCUAUACAACUGCCAUAUAAA